AUGGCACUUAUAUUUUGGGAUAUUCAACAAGCAGAUACUAUGAAUGGUUUUAAUUGGCCAAAAUUUAUCUAUGUAUUUGUGAUUGCAUUCAUUCUUGUUCUAUCAUUAAUCAAUAACAUCCUCAGUUUUCAAACACUUAUGAGAUAUGAAAUUCGUCAAAGUAAUUGUGGUGUUUAUCAAAUCUUGUUCAGUUUGGCAAGUAUAAUAACAGUGAUAGCUAUGCAACUUCGACUGAUGACGACAUUAUGGUUUGAUUAUUUGACAGAAGCUUAUGUGUAUCGUUAUAUUGCAUGUAACAUUUUACCGGUUAUUGAGAAGGCGAUGGGUAAUUUUUGUAUGGGAAUAGGCACUUUGUUAGCUAUUGAAUUUGUUCCUCUUGAAUGUUUCAAUUUGGAUUUGUAUCGAUCUCGUUGGCUAUCAGUCAUUUUAUCGAUUAUUGUCUUUCUUGCAGCGUUUAGUUUACGUAUUAAUGUUUUUAUUUAUCGACGUCCAUUACCUAAUCCAAAUUGGUCAGGUUCAUAUCUGUGCAAAUAUAUUCAUCCAUUACAAUUUGAGUACCUCGAUAAAAUUUAUUUUAUCUUUCAAUUUAUUAUUCCAACUACAAUUCAUUUUAUUGCUAGUUUUUGCAUUCUUAUUAGUAUAACAGAACGAGUUAGUUUUGUAUUUAAUCGUCAUGACUAUAUACGAAUCUUCUUGGAAGAAUGUUUAAAGCGGAAACAUUUCUUUGUUCCAGCAUUUUUUAUUAUUCUCUCAAAUACACCUAUUUUGAUUCUUCAUCUCAAAGAUGGAUGUGAAGAUAUUCGAGAUUUAUCAAUACUUCGUCGACAUGUAGCUUUUGGUAUUCUUACUUAUCUACCACAAGCAAUGACAUUUGCCAUUUAUAUCUAUCCAUCACCAAGCUAUAUGAAUUGUUUCAAGAAGUCAUGGCCUGGACGAAUGCUACACAAAACGUUCAAUGGUUGUUGGAGAAAAGAAAAAAAAAACAGCAACACUUAA